UCCGCACACGCGACACGUGCGUGGUAAACUCCGUAUUCCUGGGACAUUGUGCAUUGUGAAAAGUUGAAACUGUUGAAACUGGAAUAAAAUAAUAAUAGACACUGAGUGUCAGCAGCUGCCGGGAAAGAUGCCACGCGAGGACGACUACAACAAGGAGGCCGCCCUGAAGAAUCUGGCCAAACGCGAGUUGGCCAACGGAUUGGACAAGGAUCCAAUUUACAAAUUGCGCCUGCAGUGCUUCAGUCGCGGUGCCACCGGCAUCUUGGGCCUGUCCAGAGCAUUUCGGGUGAUGGACGACGAUGGCAGCAAAACACUCAGCGCCGAGGAGUUCAAAAAAGGAGUCACGGAUAUUGGUCUGGAGCUGAGUGAUUCAGAAAUCGAGGAAAUGUUCUCCAGCUUCGACACAGACGGCAGUGGCAACAUAAAUAUGACUGAAUUUUUGGUCAAGUUGCGGCCCCCUAUGAAUAACUCACGUAUCAGCAUCAUCGAAAAAGCCUUCGACAAGAUGGAUGUCAAUGGCGAUGGUCAAAUUACUGUUGCCGAUUUGAAGAAUGUUUAUUCUGUCCGAGAUCAUCCAAAGUACUUGAGUGGUGAGAUGACAGAGGCUCAGAUAUUCACGGGAUUCCUUAAGAACUUCGAAGUGGGUGCUCCGAAUCCAGAUGGAAUCGUGACCAAGGAGGAAUUUAUUAACUACUAUGCCACGAUCAGCGCCUCGAUCGAUAAUGAUGCCUAUUUUGAUCUUGUGAUGCGUCGCGCCUACAAACUAUAGAUAUGUUCCUCUGAGAAUUUUCAAUUUUAACGUCCAUUCGCCGUCUUUGAAGCUUGAUCAGUUAAUUGAAUCGCACACUUGUAUUAAUAACUAAAACGCCAAGCCAAUGUUUUAAUUAAAUUUACUAGUAAUGUUGAAACUU